AUGGAAGAGUCGAGCGCUCCUACGUCAAAGAAGGGCGCGAAGAAGGCCGAGGCCAAGGCGAAGAAGGAGGCUUUGAAAGCCCAGCGUGCUGCAGAACUCGCUGCCGCAGCCGCCGCCGUCAAUCUCGAGGACGACCCCGCCAAAGACAACUACGGGAACAGGCAGACCACGGCCUCGGCCUUCAGUCAGGACGCCCAAGAAGUCGAAAUACGCUCCAUUGACGAAACCUACAAUGAAAAGACGGUCAUUGUGCGCGCAUGGCUUCAAAAGUCUCGCGUACAGAGUGCCAAGAUGGGCUUUGUUGAGCUCCGCAAAGGGGGCAACUGGGACAUCCAGGGCGUCAUUAUGGCCUCUGACCAGGAGCCCCUUGUCAGUCGACGUAUGGUGAAAUGGGUAGCCAGCAUCAACCCCGAGAGCUUUGUAGCCGUCGAGGCCAAGGUGAAGAAACCUCUCGAACCCGUCAAGAGCUGCCGAGUCUCGGGAUUCGAGCUUCACAUCACAAAGUGUUUCGUGCUCGCGCCAGCUCCCGCCGUACUUGGAAUGACUAUAGGAACCGCAAGCCAGCCCAUCGUCAACUUUAGCGACGAGAGUGAACAGGCGGGAGAUGUUGACGCCGGGAAGGUUGCCGACGCCGCUUCCGAGCAUACGGCGCCAGCCGCAAGCAUGCUCACGCAUCUCGACAACAUUGCCAUGCACAAGCGCGCUCCCGUUCAGCAGGCCAUUGCGGAUAUCCGCAUCGAAGUGAAGAGGCUCUUUCGCUCAUACCUCGAAUCCCGCGGCUUCAAGGAAUUUGAACCGCCCUGCCUCAUCGGUGCGGCGUCCGAGGGCGGCGGAAACGUCUUUCGACUCGCAUAUUUCGGCGAGGAGGCCUUUCUUGCCCAGUCGCCCCAAUUCUACAAACAAUUCGAGAUUGCAGGAGGCAGGGAGCGUGUGUUCAGCAUAGGCCCCGUUUUCAGGGCCGAAAACUCCAACACGCCGAGGCACAUGACCGAGUUUACAGGGCUUGAUCUUGAGAUGGAGAUCAAGGAUUCUUACACCGAAGUUCUUUCCAUACUGGAGGGUGUGCUGUUGUCCAUCUUUCGCGGAAUCCAAGUCCGAUCCGUUUACCAUUCGGAACCGCUCCUCCUUCCCGAGCCAGGCAAAGAAGUCCGCUUAACCUUUGCCGAGGCACAAAAGCUUUUGCGAGAGGAAGGACCCCCCGAGUUCGCAAAUGUACGCGACGACGAAGAUAUGAGCACCCCUCAAGAGAAGGCCCUUGGCCAAGUCGUUCGUGCCAAGUACAAGACGGACUUUUUCGUCGUUGACAAGUUCCCUGAGACGGCGCGGCCGUUCUAUGCCAAGCUUGACGAUGCCGGUACUACGGUAGGGGAUGGUGUCCGUGUUACAAAUGCCUAUGACAUGUUCCUCCGUGGGCAGGAGGUGCUCUCGGGCGGUCAACGAAUUCAUGACCCGGUUGAACUCGAGGCCCGCAUCCGCGCCAAGGGUGUGGACCCGAAAAGUGGCGGCAUCAAGGAGUACUUGACGACGUUUCAACAGGUCGGUGUGCCGCCGCAUGGCGGAGGUGGCAUUGGUCUUGAUCGCGUGGUUGCGUGGAUUCUGGGGCUACCAAGCGUGCACCUCGCGGCGUAUUAUCCUCGCACACCCAAGAGACUGCUGCCAUGA